CGGGGAGCGGCGCGGCGGCGUGACGUCAAGGCGGCGGUCAUGACGUCCAAGCGCGGCGGCGAGCGGCGGGGCCCGGCAUGAGGACUUUAUGGAGAUUUGGAUACACUGCCAGACUACUGAAAACUAAUCAUUUUAGGACAGCUGCAUCAAAUACAUCAUUUCCAGCAGUUUGGAUGCUGUUGGCACAAUAUUCUGGCAGAAUACCUGGGCUGUUUGUAGUAGUUAAAAAAACCAGGUUUUUCACAAUGCCUGUAACAGAAGAUAAAGCUAACCUAGAACUGUAUUCACCACCUCCUGAAGUGCGAGGGAUGACACUUCUCAACAGAGAAGCUUUUAAAAGGACAGUUGUUGUUCCAGUUCUUAAAGUCAAGAAAGAAAUGAUAAGUGUUUUGCUGAGGUCACUGAAACACGUGGUCCUACAGCGUCCUGGUCUGAAGCGAGUGGUUGAGGAUCCAGAAGAUGAGGACAGCAGACUUCUUAUUUUGGAUCCUCAUAAAAUACCAGAAUUCUCACUGGGAGAACCAGAGCAAGAGGUAUUAAACCAGCUCAGUGUUUGUCCUGAGGUGUCCAAGUAUAACUUGGAGCUGACUUAUGAGAAUUUCAAGUCGGAGGAGAUCCUAAGAGCAGUCCUUCCUGAAGGUCAAGAAGUCACUUCUGGAUUUAGCCGUGUGGGUCACAUAGCUCAUUUGAAUCUUAGAGAUCAUCAGCUUCCCUACAGGUAUUUGAUAGGCCAGGUUAUCAUUGACAAGAAUCCAGGACUCACCUGUGCAGUGAAUAAAACCAGUAUCAUUGACAGCACCUACAGAAACUUCCAAAUGGAAGUGCUUGCUGGGGAGAGCAACCUCGUAACCAAGGUCAAAGAAAACAGUACAGCAUAUGAACUGGACUUCUCCAAAGUCUACUGGAACCCACGCCUUUCCACAGAGCACGGCCGCAUCGUCGAGCUGUUAAAGCCUGGUGAUGUCCUUUUUGAUGUCUUUGCUGGGGUUGGUCCUUUUGCUAUUCCAGCAGCAAGGAAAAAGUGCCAUGUGUUUGCAAACGAUCUCAAUCCUGAAUCAUACAGCUGGCUCCUGCACAACUGUAAACUAAACAAAGUGGACAGUCGAGUAAAAGUGUUUAACAUGGAUGGCAGAGAGUUCCUCCUGGGACCAGUAAGAGAAGAACUAAGUAAACAGCUCCCACUUCUCAGUGAAGACCAGAAAACCUCUUUUCAUAUAAUCAUGAAUUUGCCAGCUUUGGCUAUUGAAUUUCUAGAUGCCUUCAGGCAUCUUCUGGAUGGGGAGCCGUGCAGCACUGCUGCCCUUCCCACAGUGCACUGCUACAGUUUCUCCAAACAUGAUGACCCCACCAAAGAUGUUCAAGACCGAGCUGAAGCUUCGCUGGGAACCUCCUUGGAUGGACGCUGUUCUACUUACCUGGUUAGAAACGUUGCACCAAACAAGGAGAUGCUGUGCAUUAGUUUCCAGGUUCCAGCAGAGGUGCUGUACAGGAGGCCCUACCCCAGUGAAGCAAAACCAGCCUCUAAACGCCUGUGUACCAGCAGAGACUAUUCUGAAGAGAAGUUACUGAGUUGACUUGAAGACCUAGAGUUUCAGAAACUACCUGAGUAGUUUGUGUGAGGCCCAGAGAUCACGCCUAGCAACUCAGUCACCAGAUGUGUCACCCUCUCUGGCUCUGCUGCGCUGGCUCCAUCCCCGGGGCCUGCAGCCUUGAGUCUUGGUUCUCACCCAAACAACUAAGAAGAUUUGGUUUGCUCCUUGCUCUGUUACAGCCUCUCCCUUGGCAACACAGCCAGUGCUUCUGAGCAAAUCUUUGCAGCUUGGUUACUGCUUCUCCCUCCCACCUGACUGGGGCAGGAUACAGGGACCCCUUGAUCCUGGAUGCUGUCUGGCAGGUGUUCCCAUUUCUGGUGCAGGGAGGGCAGAGCCUGCCUCCACCAAUCUAUCUCACACUCCCUUAUAGUCCUCAGCCUUUCGACCUCCUCUUUCAACUGAGCCACCAGGCUGAGCAGAUCAUUUCCCUGCUCACAGUGAGCAUGAGUGGUGUACCUGCAGUCCACCAUUGCAAAUGAAAGGCUCUGGCACUUCCUGCAGCCAAGGGCCCAGGCACCUACCUGUUUACAUGAGCCUGCUGUUUGGUUCACCACAUCACUUUUGCUUACAGCUUUUGUCUGGGUCGCAGCCAUUGCUGUUCCUGCCCAUGUGCCUGACCCCAGAAACCAUUGCAUCAUGCCCAGGUGACUCACCCUGCCACGAUCCCUGUGCUCCUGAGGCAUCUGAAGAGCUGACAGAGGCUGUGGCUCUGCCCAUACCUCACCCUCCUCUCUGGAGAGCAGCUGGCUUGGUGAUGGGGGUUGCUCCUCUCACCACAUGUUUUGGAGAAAAAAGGCCCCAUGUGCCUAUCUCUGUCGAGCUGCUGCAGAGACAGCUCAGUUCUGGAGGCUCGAAGAGGCAGGAGUCAUCCCAGAAGCCAGGCAAAGAGAUGUUCCUGCCAAGAGAAAC